UCUAGAAGAAAAGAAGAAACAAUUUGAGAUUUUUUUUGUGUGAUUUUUGAUUUUUGUAACCCUUUCAUACGACACCUACGAAAAAGACUGAUUACAAAAAUUUUGAAAUUCAUAGCAAGUAGCCAAACACACUAAUGUGAUAGUGAGAGUGACACGAAAGUGGCGAAAUUUUGCUCGAUUUUUUGACCACAGCGCAUCACCACGGACUAGGACACAACGGACUUCCAGGGAUGGCGCGGUUAUCGGUGUGGGUCCUCGCAGGACUUGCACUGUUCGCCCUCGCAGGGCACGAACUACACGUAAAUGCAGACACACCCACAGAGUACGAGUGCAGGCCGUACAUCGAGAAAGCGAUACAAGACUUGAAGACUGGAACUGACGCAACUGCCAGCCAGGAGGAGGAGGAGAACGUAACGACAGAGGAACCCAGUAGUACGGAAUCACCCGUUGAUGUAACGAGCCAGGAAGAGGAGGACAACACUGCCGCCGAGGAGACCAGUAUUGAGGAAGACGUUCCAGAGAAGACCGAACCGCUGACCGCGUCGGAAGAGGUGCAGGAAGCCAUCUUCGACAACGCGGCAGAACAGGCCGAACAGGAGGAGGAGGAGGCCACCGAGGAGGAGGUCACCGGAAGUGAAGAGGGACUCGAAGAUGAGGACGAGUUGACUGCUUCCGAAGAGGAGCAGGAACAGGAGGCCACUGAAGAGGCCACCGGAAGUGAAGAGGAGACUGAAGACGGUGAGGACGAGUUGACUGCUUCGGAGGAGGAGCAAGAGCAAGAGCAGGAGCAGGAGGCCACCGAAGAGGUCACCGGAAGUGAAGAGGAGACUGAAGACGAGGAAGAGGAAGAGUUGACUGCUUCCGAAGAAGAGCAGGAGCUGGAACAGGAGGCCACUGAAGAGGCCACCGGAAGUGAAGAGGAGACUGAAGACGAGGACGACGAAGAACAGCUGACCGAAAGCGAGGAAGCUGCUGCUGCUGCGUCCGACAACGAGCAGGACGAUGAAGAGUCUGCAACUGAGAGCCAGGAAGAUGUACCAGUCAGUGGGGAGGAGGAUACUGAAACUGACGACGACCAAGACGAUGAGGAAGACGACACAGAAGAUCAAGAAGAUGAUGACGAACAAACUCUGAGUGGCGAAGAGGAACAAGAUGAGGAAGAAGAUGACGAAGAGACAGAUGAGGAGGACGAGCAAGACCAGGAUGAUGAGGAAGACGACACAGAAGAUCAAGAAGAUGAUGACGAACAAACUUUGAGUGGUGAAGAGGAACAAGAAGAGGAAGAAGAUGACGAAGAGACAAAUGAGGAAGAAAACGACGAAGGGGCAGAUGAGGAGGACGAGCAAGACCAGGAUGAUGAGGAAGACGACACAGAAGAUCAAGAGGAUGACGAACAAACGUUGAGUGGUGAAGAGGAAGAAGAUGACGAAGAGACAGAUCAGGAGGAAGAGGAGGACGAGGAGAACCAGGAUGACGAGGACGAUGAGGAGCAAGCCGAUGAGGAGGAGGCAUCUGCUGAACAACACGAGUCCGACGACACUGACGCUAGCCCAGAAGCUGUCGACGCUACCGAGGCUAGCCAGGAGCAGGAAGAAACCGAGGAACUAGACGUCGAGGAGAGCACCGAAGCCGUUGAAGAGGUGUCCGAAGAAUUGGCGGUUGAAGAGGAGACGACUUCGACGGAAGCUUCUGAGCAGACGGUGUCUGAGGAAACUGAACUUGAUGAACCAACGAGUGAAGAGGUGGUAGAGCCAAGCGCUGAGGAGACUGAGACUGUGGAAACCGCUGAUAGCCUUGAGGCUUCUACUGAGCCGGCUUCCGAAGAAUUAUCUGCUGUUGAAGAGGAGGGUAGCGAAGAGGUUGUAGCAUCCGAAGAAGCAGCACCGGCUUCGGAAGAGGAGCCCGCGCCAGUGGAGAGCGCCGAAGAAGCCGAGCCGCUUCCGGAGGAAGAUUUGCUACUGGAGUACGAAAUCCCGACGAACCGUAGAGAUACCUCGCACAUUUACGAGCUCCUCAAUAUCAACGAUGAGUCCGCGGAUAAGGAGGCCGCCCUGCACAAGGUGGCCGAUGUUAUUCUGCGCGAUCUGAAGAAAACCUACGAUACGGCAAUCAAGCCACUCGAAACGCUGUACAAGUACCGCGACCUCAGCAACCGUCACUUUGGUGAUCCGGAAAUCUUUUCGAAGCCACUGAUCCUGUUCAUGGGCCCAUGGAGCGGCGGCAAGUCCACCAUCCUGAACUAUCUCACCAAGAACGAGUACACCCCGAACUCGGUGCGAACUGGUGCUGAACCUUCGCCAGCGUACUUUAACAUUCUGAUGCACGGCGACGAGCCGGAAGUGCUCGACGGAACCCAGCUGGCUGCUGACUGGACCUUCUCGGGACUGCAAAAGUUCGGCCAGGGUCUGCUAGACCGUCUCCGAGGUCAGAAGCUGCCCAACAAGCUGCUCGAACGGGUCAACAUUGUUGAAAUUCCCGGCAUCCUUGAGGUGCGCAAGCAGGUCUCGCAGUACUUCCCCUUCAACGAUGCCUGCCAGUGGUUCAUCGAUCGGGCUGAUAUCAUCUUCCUGGUGUACGACCCGUCCAAGCUCGAUGUCGGACCGGAAACCGAAGCCAUCCUGGAUCAGCUCAAGGGACGCGAGUAUCAGACCCGCAUCCUGCUCAACAAGGCCGACCAGGUCAAGCCGGAGGAGCUGCUCCGCGUCCAGGGUGCCCUGAUCUGGAACAUUUCGCCGCUGAUGUCGUCCGCCCAGCCGCCGGUCAUGUACACCGUGUCCCUGUGGUCCAAUCCGUUCGAAACCGGAGCGCCGACCCGUCUGCUGCAGGCGCAGGAGCGGUCCCUGCUGCUCGACCUGGGCCAGGCCAUCGAAAAGCGUAUCGAAAACAAGAUUGCCAGUGCACGUCGUUUCGCUGUGCGUGUCCGCAACCAUGCCAAAAUGGUCGACUGCUACCUGACGACCUACUACAACCACAAGACGCUGUUCGCGAACAAAAAGUAUGUGUCGGACCAGAUCAUCGGCAACCCGCAGCAGUACCACAUCUACGAGGGACUGUCCACGCUGACGAACAUCUCGCGCUACGAUCUGCCCGACCCGGAGUCGUACCGUGACUUCUUCCAGCUGAACCCGCUGUACGAGUUCCAGAAGCUGUCGGAGACGUGCACGUACUUCCGCGGCUGCCCGAUCAACAAGCUGGACAUUGCGAUCGCGUACGAUCUGCCCGAGCUGGUCGGCAAGUACAAGAAGCUGGCCGAGGCCGCCCUCGAGAAGCUCCAGAUCCCGUCGCAGACGACGGACUUUGGACGACUCAAGGCCAGCAGUUGAGAGCGCCGACCAUGUGAUCACCGUGGACCCUAAAAUUUUGUUUAAUUAUGUUUAUUUCCGUUUUCGCGCGUCUAAUCGUUGAGUUUUUGUUUUGUCCCAACUUAUUUGUUUUUCAUUCUACGAUAACCUUUAGCUUUAGAUGUAGUCCAAAGCAACGCAACACAUACACACAAAACACAACUACAAAAAGUUACAAAUUCUUCAUUGAAGCUGAGCGAAUAAUUGAUCUAUAUAUAAAUUGCAACCUGACAUUUAAACCAAUGCAUUAGAUGAACAAAUGUUACCUUACUUAUAAUUUCGUGUUUCAUGUCGGAUAACUUUCCGUAGUACUUUGUAAGUAAAAAGAGAGCAAAGAGAGGUGAAAAUCACAGAAAACCCGCAUCUUCAAAUUAACAACGUCCAGCAGCAUUGUUUAGGACACCCGAGAACGUGUCACUUGAUUUAGAAGCAGCUUUUGGAGAGAAAGGACAUAACCUCACACAACACGUGUAUGCGCAGGGAGGCGCCAAUUCUGAACAACAGUUGAUCGAUUUCUAGAGAGUAAGAUCUGCAAAUCAGUAUAUUUCAUGAAACAUCGUAGCGCGGAUGGAACGUGUCGGCAUUUAGCACUGCAGCUUGAAAUGGAUCGUUAUAAUUUGUUACAUGAAAACAGUUUUGAAAAUUUGUUGGCAGGUUUCGUAGAACGAUUCCGAAUGGAUGACAAUUUUGUAUUUUCGAACAGUGAAGUAUCACGCUGGGCGCGCUUUCUUGGUGGACACUUAAAAAUUACAGUUUGUCAAGGAAAAUAAAAGCCAAUGUUCACAGUGUCACAAUCAGAGUUAGACAAUAAACAAAUUGAAAGAAUAA